UAGCUGCCACGACGCAGCAUGCUUGCCUUGCGCUGUGAGAGAACAUGCUAGAACGGACGUCACUUUCGCUCCUGUAUCGUAAUCAAGCAACAAUUUCCUGAAAGAAAGGGAGUAAAAAAAAGAAAAAGAAAAAGAAAAAGAAAGAAAAAUGAAUGGGCUUAGUUUAGUGAGGCUUUUCUUCUUCACCACCGUUGGGUGCAUCAUUUUUUCUUGUCCCGGUGAGACGGCGUCGUUCGUGCCAAUUUUCCAAUGGAAAAGUGAAGCGGAUGCCGGAAGAAACGCCGAACAGAAGAAGAGUAUUGAGCCGUCGUCGUCUUCCAUCCAAUUACUCCAGCAAAGCAAUCAAUUCCGAGAUGUGGAAAAAGGGAACAUUCCGGCGUGGGUUGGAUCAGACGGAUUAAUGCGCGUCCCAUCAACUUUGGCUUACUGGCUCGAAUCCGAUACGGCCACAAGCCGGCGCGCUUUAUCUGAGCACAGUGACAGCAGGCCUUACGGCACUGUUGUUCUUCCCGGAAUCUCGUCUUCCUUCCAGGCGGAUGUUGCUCAAGAACAGGACGUAACGGAGCCAGUGAAGAUCGAGGAAGUCAACGUAGUCGAUUCCUCCACUUGUCGAUCGCGAGGAGCUACGUCUUCUGCGCGACAUCGGUGGCCAAUGGCCUACGCUCAUUCUGAUGGGUUGAACCCUCCUGUUGACAGCAUCGACGCCUAUUCCGAUUUGCUGUCGCCUUCCAUCACCUACGAGGAUGGCUCUGACGUCUUCUCGUACGAUUUCUACGACACGUCCAACUCGUAUCCUGCCCAAUUCGACGCUUGCGAAGUGGACGUGCCGUCCGGUUGCCACUUUGAAAGCGACCCACCUGGCUAUCUCGUAUGCAACGACACGUCGCUGACCAGAGUUCCGGCCGAUCUGCCGCGCCACCUUUCGCUCUCCGUCUUCCAGCUGAACAACACGAGCGUCCAAGUCGUGGAGAGCGGCGAUUUUCAUCAAAUGGACCUCGUCGACAUGAGUUUGGAUUCGAAUCCUCAACUCUACGUCAUCGAGAGGGGCGCCUUCGACAACGUUACCAGCCUGCUCACUCUGUCGAUCAAGCACAAUUCGAUCGAGUCGCUGGAUUGGCGGGCCUUUGACGGAUUGGACACGCUGGUCGUGUUGUCUCUGCGGGACAAUCAGAUUGACUUGACGGGAACGUUCAAGGACCCGCCUGCGGACGACACGUGUGUCUUGCCGAAACUGAUUCAUCUGGACCUGUCGGAGAAUCCGCUCGGCGCGCUCAAUCGCUACGUCUUUUGGCAGCUGGGCCAGUCGCCCAUCGAAGAGCUUAAUCUCAAGUCGUGCGACAUCAGUUACAUUGAUCCAGAUGCGUUCGAGCCGCUGACUUCGCUGUUGCACGUCGAUUUCUACAACAAUCCGAAGUUGAGCUCGGUAUUCGCGCACAACACGAGGACGCCGAUUCUACCUCCCAGCAUCAUACAGUUGGGGCUUGGCUACAAUCAUCUGGUGCAAAAAGUGCCUGUGCCUUUGCUGCAGAACGUGUCCUCGUCGCUGAAGACGAUCAACUUGUCGGGAAACUUGUACUUUCUCUUAACCGGCAACCUGUGGCCGGGCAUUACGUUUUCGAAUUUGAGAUUUCUCAUUCUUGAAACGUGCAGCAUCUCGGUGGUGAACGCCACGGCCUUCGAGAACAUGCCUCAGCUGGCCUACCUCUACAUGGGCAAGAAUCAGCUGACGCAAGUGGCUCCAGGUACUUUUCCCUCGUCGCUGCAGCUGUUGAGCGUCAGACAGAAUCCCAAGAUGAGCGGCUCGUUCGUCAUGUCCAAGGACAAUUUUGCCGAAAUGACGGAACUCGUUUGGCUCGACAUGAACUCGAUGAAACUCGAUUCCAAAAACUUUUCGUCGGAAGCCUUUAAGGGCCUGAACAAGCUGACCAUUCUGCAAAUGCGCGACUCUGGACUGGCUGAAAUCCCUGCUCGUUUGUUCUCGCCCCUGACUCAACUGGCCAUGCUGGACCUAGGCAACAACCCGAUCGCGACGCUGUCGCACCAGUUCUCCGCCGGCCUCGCGAAUACCCAGCUACUUUUCCUGGACAAUUGUUUGCUGGAUUUUCCGGUCGACGCCGACUACGCAUACCAGCCGUUUCGCGGCAUGCGAAAUUUGGCCAUGCUCUACUUGACGAGAAAUAGCAUCAACCAAUUUACGCCCAACUUGGUGGCCAACCUGACGCAACUCUAUUUACUGCACCUGAGCGGCAAUCAGCUACACACGUGGGACUACGGGACGACGGCCUACAUGCCCGCCACGGCCGCCAUCUCCCUCUCUGACAACAAAAUUCAGUUUUUACCCAAUCAGACGUUCGACGAGUUUUCCAGGAUUGCUGCCAUUGACUUGAGCGAUAACGCCCUCAUCUGCAACUGUCAGAUUCUGGCUUUGCAACAGCUGGCGAAUUCGACCAACACGACAGUUAUCAAUUGGGAGGUUAGGGGCGCCUACACUUGCACCGACACAUCGGCGGAGCCAUUCGUUUUGAAGGAAAUCCCUCUGAUGACCGAAGAAGAGUUCCAGUGCUACAGUGAUGCCGUUACCACUCCGCAGCCAACGGAUGACAAAGAAACAGCGACGGUCGUGUCGUCAGUCGUCGGUGCCGUCAUCAUCGUCAUCACUUUGGUGGCCAUCAUGACGAGCUGCUAUUGCAAGCGCAAUCAGCGACACGGCAAAUGGUAUCACGUGCGACAACAACUGCCCUUCGGUGGCUCUUCCAGCAGCGACGUGGCUAUCGACAACGACAGCGAAUUCGAGUACGACGCUUUCAUAUCGUUCAAUGAACAGGAUCGACCCUGGGUCUAUACCCAUUUGGUCCCCCAAUUGGAGCGAUCCAAAGAGUCGUCAGACACUGUCGAUUCAACAAAUGAGCACUUCAAACCCUUUCGUCUGUGCAUACACGACCGAGAUUUCACCGUUGGCCAACGCAUCACUGAAAAUAUCAUCGAGAAUAUCGCCAAAAGUCGCAAGGUGGUGAUCGUUCUGUCUCGCGGCUACGUGGAAAGCAAAUGGUGUCAGUUCGAGCUGGACUUGUCACACCAUCGUUUGCUCGAAUCGGAGCGUCGCAAUGCUCUUGUCCUCGUCCUCUUGGAGGAGGUGCCGAAACAGCAGCAGAAUGCCGGCCUCCGUUAUUUAAUGAGCACGAGGACUUACCUCGAAUGGCGGAGUGACCCUGAAGGUCAAAAGUUGUUUUGGCAGCGGCUGCGCCAAGUUUUGACGGUUCCGCAACACAGUGCAGACCCCGUCCUUACUGUGCACGCAAGUACCUGAUGUCGGCAACUUGCUUGUUCGUUUCUCUCGUUCUUGCUCGCCCAUCGUGCGCACGUUCGGCUGAAAAUCUAUAGAUUGGUGCAGGGAUCAUCUGUAAAUAAAUCGUUGAAUUCUCUUUUCGUAGUCAGUCACCAACAACCAACUUGAUCUUGGUUAGAGAUCGCAGUGUAAAGCACAAUGAUCGAUAAUUGAACACACCCAGUGCCUGACAAUCCAUUCGUUAAUUUGUACAUGUAUAAUUAUAAGCUGUUUUUGUUUUUUUUUUUUUGUUUGCUUUCACUUUCUCUUUUGUUUGAGGCCAUAAGGUCGCUAAAAACUUGGGUGUUUGAAAUGUAACAAGCGUAUUUACUUCCAGGUGUCCUCGUAAGAUACUUCUUCUUCUGUACCUGAUAUUUGAAAUGUAAUAAUGCUCAUUUAUCCUUGAAAUCGUAAUCGGCGUUUGGAUGCCAAUACAUCCUAGUAACACUGUUGGUUGCCAUCGAUUAGGACGACUGCUUUUGUCCUAGAGUUCCCAGACGAUGUGCCACUUUUUACUUAUUGCAUGAAUGGCCUUUACUAUUUCCCACUCUCUCACCGGAGUCCCGAAAAAAAAAAAAAAAAAAAAAAAAAAAAACAUUUUUGAUGAUAUCUUUAUUUAUUUAGUUUUGUUUUGUUUAUUAAAUUCAACUUGUUUGGCAAGUUACAUAGUAUUAUUAAUUUAAACGCCACAAAACGCGGAGAAACGGACAAAGUAAGCUUACUGUAUUCUUUCGGUAAACAAUCCCUCGGAUAAGAUGCGGACCUUUGCUGAAAUUCGAUUAGUUUGUGAGAGAACGUAUGAAAUUUGUUUACUGACCAACAGGUGAUCAACUUAACUCUUCGUUCUUGUAAAACCUGGCGCCAUCAGUUUACCCUCGAAGCUUUUAUUGAAUAUAUUAUUUCUGUGAUAAUGAAAACCAUUGGGUCAUGAAAAUGUUGCACUCAAAUUGUAGAGACAAUAAUGGAA